AGAAUGGGGGACCACGUAAGAUUUGACAACAACGCAGCCAUAUGGAAGCAGGUCUAGCUUGCGGGACAUUAAACUUUAACUUGCCAGUUCGAUAAAGAUUAAAGAGACAAACCCGUUACAAAGGCGAAGAACAGAUAUGUGAUCAAACUUAAGGAUGUGAACAAUGUUGGCCCUUACGAGCAAGCCGAAGACAAAUUAAGUAAAGAUGUCGACGGGCUCCCACAAUACAUAGUUCCCACACUCCCAUAAUACUUUGCGCGGUUUUGCGACGUCCGCCAUCUUGGUUGGCAUUCGAACGGAAAUCGAUAUUUUGAAAAACUACUGUGACUAAAACGUGCAAUUAAGGUGUAAACAUGGCUUUAUCGAAGCAGAAAAUACGAUAUAUUGACACAUUGGAUACUGAAUCACGUAACAGAUACGAACAGAAGAUUGAAUUGAUCGGCGUUGAUCCAUACGAGGUGAAAAAAGACAGUUUGACAACCGACCUGGAUUCGCUCCCGGCGAUUUCGAACUAUGACAUUGUCAACUACCUCAUCCACACAAAGAGUGCCUAUACAAUGCAGGAUUUGAACUCCCUAAAAGCAGUGGAUGCUCUAAAUCAGUGUAGAAGCGGCUGGGUCAAGGAUGUUAUGACUAUGAAGUGCAACGACAAAGUGUUGAUAACUGGCAGGGUGCGCCAUUCCCAGAGAAUGAAUGAUACACCACUGAGACCAUGGGUUAUUUCUUCCUUAGAAGGAUCGGUUGAAUGUGCACACUGUGAUUGUAUGGCUGGACUUGGAGAGGUUUGCUGUCAUGUUGGGUCAUUGUUGUUCUGGGUGGAUGAGAACUACCGUGCCAACAAAGCUCUAACAGUGACCCAGAAGAAAGCUUACUGGCCAGUACCAUCCUAUGUUGACAAGGUGGCAUAUUCAGAGAUUCAGGACAUCGACUUUACAUCAACAGAGGUUAGGAAACGCGAGUUUGAAUGUACCCUGAUUGGAGCUCAAACACCAAAGCGAAUGCCCCUGAAGAUGCCGCUAGUCCCAGAGCCCACAGAGGAAGAGAUGUCUUGUUUUGCCAAGAAACUAUCGAAUACAGGAGUUAAGCCUGCAGUGCUGGCGGUUAUUUCAGAUCACCAGGAAAUCUACAUUCCAGAGAUUCUGAAAGAAGAAAAACUUCCCGUGAACUUUUCUAGUUUAAAGAGUGAUAAAUAUAUGAAUAUGAACAGAAGUGAAUUGGUCUAGGUGUGUGGGAACAUGAAAUUCAAUGUAACUGAAGAACAAUGUAAAAAUGCAGAAUAAACAUGAAGUAGAACCAUGAGGAGAAAAUAAUUAUAUGCAAUGAACUAAUACUUAAACUUAGUCUCUGACUAAGGUAAUUUCAUGGACGAUGUUACGUUAAUAUAAAUGUUUUUAAAUAGGCUUUAAUAUAACGGUCAUACAUACAUGUACAUCGUUGCAUCACAACUCAGAAAUUGUAC